UACAGAUAUGCCGAGGGCGACAAGAUACACAUCCACCCAGCGACUCUUGAACUCUCAAAAUGUCAUCUAUAAGCGGACAGGUUCAGGCACAUGCUAGGAAGAGAGUUACGCUGGCAUGCAAUGGCUGCCGGGCUAAAAGGACCAAGUGCGAUGGAAGUCAGCCCAAAUGCAGUGCUUGCAAUUAUCGUCAACAGAAGUGCGAGUAUACACAAGUUGAGAGUAAGAGAAAACGUCAUAGCAAUGCGUACAUCAUGGCUUUAGAAGCACGCGUUGCGAGUCUUGAGAAAAUGCUAGCCAUUGCUUUGCAACGGCCUGCUGCCAACAAUUGUAACUGCAACGGUAAAGCCACGGCCACUAUCGUUCUGCCAGAUCCCGCAUUCAUUACUGCACCAUUUGGUGAGGAAGAGGAUGAAAAAUCAGUCGAUGAGCUUGCGGAUACGCUUGGAUGCUUUACUCUGGGAGAUACUGGAGAGUUGCGGUUCUUUGGAGCGUCCAGCAACUUCAACAUUAUUCAGAAUCCUUCUCUGAAAGUUGCAUCUUCGGUUGAGGCACGAAACUUGGGUAUCGCCGCAGCCCGACAAAUGCCAGACUUCUUUGAGCCCACAAAUGAACUUCGGGACCAUCUACUUGGCUUGUAUUGGCGAUGGCAAAAUUCAUGGCAGUACAUUGUGCCUCGGGAGUCUUUCGUCCUUGAUCUCUACGUCGAAAAAUCUGGACGCUUCUGCACCCCUCUCCUCCUCACAGCCAUACUUGCUCUUGCGUCUCGUUACUCCUCACAUCUUGAACUACGAACGGACCCUACCGAUCCGAAUACCGCGGGGGAAGCCUUUGCAGCUCAGGCUAAAACAAUGCUCCAUUGUGAAUACGAAGCCCCAACAACGUCGACCGUCCAAGCCACAGCGUUACUCGGACUGUUCUGGGCUUCUGUGGAUAAUGAAGGCCUCGGGUUCAUGUAUAUCGGCAUGGCGUCCCGCAUGGCGAUGAACUUGGGACUACAGUCAGAUUGUACAUCUUUCGCAUCAAAAGGCUUAAUAUCUGACAAAGAUGUUGAGGCACGCAAUGUGACUUUUUGGGGCAUAUAUGUGCUUGAUAAACUAUACUGUCUCGGAAUGGGAAGGCCUGCUAGUAUUCAGGAGUAUAACAUCACCACGACAAAACUGAAAACUCAGUUCUGUCCUGUUCCCUUCCUUUCUGAAGAACAGGAGAGGAUAUCUGCGCCUUUCCCCACUUCCCACAUUACAGAAAAUGCCAUGUACAUGUGUGAACUUCUAAUCAUCACAUCCGAAGUAGUUGAUCAAUUGUAUGCGCAGAGGUUCCCUUGGACCGGGAGAGAAAGAGAGGAUCAAGUAAUGAAAGCACACCUGCGAUCAGUCAAUUUUUUUGACGAACUCCCAAAGUCUCUCAAGAUUUCCGAAUCAAGCUUGCAAUGUUCGCCACCAUAUGUAUAUCAGCUUCACCUACAGUACCACCAUGCUAUACUUCUACUGCAUCGUUCAUUCUUCAAGGCCCUUUAUCCCGGCCAGAGUUCCUUCGAAUACGACCCAGAUGGGAAAGAUAUCCACUCGCGGUCUUGUAAAGAUUCAGCAGUGAAGAUUUCAAGGAUUCUCCGAAUUUACGGGAACAACUACAAAAACCAGUAUCUUCCAAUCUCUGCAGUGCAUCCAGCCUUUACAGCAGCUAUCAUACACCUGCUAGAUCUCAAGUCCACUGGAUCUAGUACGCGAAGCGAGGCGAGACGAUGUCUUUACAUAUGCAUCAAAGCUCUUUACGAGAUGAAUACUAACUGGAACUGGGCCAACCGGUCCAUUCGGGCUAUCCAGUCGCUUGCUGACCAGUGGGAGGUUGACAUAUGGACAUCCGGUCUGAGAGACGAGAUUAGCGUAGAGAGUCAACAGCAUUUUGAGAGGUAUGAAGGUGGGCGUGGGCGUUUGUUGACGGGCUUUGGGCAAGAAUCAACUGAUGAGUUGGAGAAGUUGUUUCCCACAGAAACAUUGGAUGACCUUUUUAAUGCUUGGACAUAUGAGCAGAAUUCGACGAGCCUGGCUUUCAACUUCAUAGAUCAAAAUUGAUUACAAGUUGAUAUGGUCCACCGAGAGGCUGGAAAGCCGUAGGCUCUCGAGACAUAAUAGCUUAGCGAUAUGGGAUGGUUCCGUCCAUGGGUAAUAAGGAGCAUGCGUCACAUUUAAUACACGUCUGGA